CGGGCGGCGCUGACGGGCAGGCGCUUCCCGGUGUAAACAGGAGCCGCGAGCCCGGCCGGGCCACGGCCACGGGCAUGAGCAUGGGCGCGAGCGCGGCCCGCUGCAGCCGCCGGACCAGCCGGGCCCCGCGCGGGGCAGCGAGGUGCAAGGCCUGGCAAUGGCACCAAAUUUGCUCUGUACCCAGGACUCCUUCCUUUAAAUGAGAGGACCAAACGAGACGGUGUGAUGAACAUGCCACUACAUCAGAUCUCUGUCAUUCCAGCUCAGGAUGUUACCUCUUCCAGAGUCUGCAGGAGCAAGACCAAAGACAAAGAGAGAGAAGAACUGAAUGAGAAGGCUUUGGGGCAUUCUGUGAGCCGUUCCAGUAACAUCUCAAAGGCUGGCAGUCCAACCUCUGUUUCUGCUCCUCAUAGCUUCCCUCGGACAUCUGUCACACCAUCCAAUCAGGACAUCUGCAGUUCCAGUGCAGUGUUUUCUGAAUGUUGUCAUCACAGUCCAGUGCAGUCUGCUGUUGUCUUGAAAAAUCCUAACUGCCAGAAUUCUCUGACACAAGGGGUCACUGUGACAGUAAUCUGUCAGGACACGUUACAGGCAUCAAAGAGAAAUUCCCAUGGGCAGGAUUGGGUGCAACCAGUCCAGGCUGCCAACAAUGCAAGCUCCACCCACUCUCUGAAAUUCUCCAAGUCCCUCAAUGAUGUUGACCAGAAGGCACAGAGCACUGUUGCGGGCUUUAACUACAUGGAGCGAACAUGCUCAGAAGGCAAAUUGACACCAGCUCAGGAGCAGUGUUCAAGGAUUAACAGAUUUCACUUGAAAGAGAAGAAAUUACUCAAUCUUGGGCCUCUUUCUUUUAACAGUUCCAAACACUCCUAUAUCCCUUCUUUUUCCAAUGGCUCGAGUGCAUCAGGAGGAGCAGAGAACGAAAGCAUGGUACACAUUCCUCUCCUGGAGGACAGGGUGGACCAUGAGAUAUCAAGAAGCAAAAAGCUGCUGCGUUAUCUUUUCUCCUUUUCCCACACUGCAAGUGCCAGCAGCCUGCAUAAGUUCCAUGAACUGGAGAGCUAUCCAAGCCAUGUUCACGCAGAGAAAUCUUCCAGCAUGCUGGUGGAAAGCACAGGCUUUGGCUCCGAUGACAUGGGAGAUGAUGAUGUGUUUGAGGACAGUGCUUCUGUGAAGCUGAAGAUGAAAGAGCUGCGGGCACCGCUCUGCUCAGCUGAGAAGGACAGUGACCUAGACUGCCCUUCCCCCCUAUCAGAAAAAUUCCCCCCUCUCUCCCCUGUGUCAGCAUCAGGGGAUACCUGCAGGAUAUGUCACUGUGAAGGAGACGACGAGAGUCCCUUGAUAACCCCCUGUCACUGCACAGGAAGUCUGCAUUUUGUGCACCAAGCCUGCCUGCAGCAAUGGAUCAAGAGUUCUGACACCCGAUGCUGUGAACUCUGCAAGUACGAGUUCAUCAUGGAGACCAAAUUAAAGCCUUUAAGAAAGUGGGAGAAGUUGCAGAUGACAGCCAGUGAGAGGAGGAAGAUCAUGUGCUCUGUAACGUUCCAUAUCAUUGCCAUCACCUGCGUCGUGUGGUCUCUAUAUGUCCUCAUAGACCGGACUGCUGAAGAGAUUAAACAGGGACAGACUACUGGGAUUUUGGAGUGGCCAUUUUGGACUAAGCUGGUGGUUGUAGCUAUUGGUUUCACUGGAGGACUUCUGUUUAUGUACGUACAGUGCAAAGUGUAUGUACAACUGUGGAAGAGACUCAAAGCUUAUAAUCGAGUAAUAUAUGUACAAAACUGUCCAGAAACUAGCAAAAAAAAUAUUUUUGAAAAACCUGCACUAAUGGAGCCAAACUUUGAAAAUAAAGAAAUGCUUGGUGUUCACCAUUCAGAUACGAACUCUUCACAUUACACGGAGCCAGAAGACUGUGGUGCAGAAAUCCUUCAUGUCUGAUUGUUGGGGGGUUUUAUCCUCUAUGUUGUCAAAGAUCUAAAACAUCAUUGUUUACUUCAAACUGCUCUACCUUUUCAAUUUAACUAAAUGCCUAUGACUGGCAGAUGAACUUUUUUUCUUUUUUCUUUUUUUUUACAUUUUUAAAUGCUCUGAUAUACCUGUCAAUAUGUUAUCAUCUGCAUACCUCUCAGUGUUUUGUCUCUCAGACUGACCUGAACAAAGAGACACAGGAAAUAUGAGUGUGAAGCAAGGCUUCAGUGCAUGGCAAACCCUAGUGUAAACCAUCAUUGGCUUUAUGGUGUGCGCUGCUUUCGAAAGACAGCUUUAAUACGUCUCAGAAUGUGUGUGGGAUAACAUUGCAUCCGACUCUGAGGAGCAGCUGAGAGAGAACCAUGAGAGCGCUAGAGUCUAAUUUACUGCUAACACUGCCACUAACAUUUGACUUAGGCAGCAGUUGUAAAAUUAUGCUUUACAUAUUGUGAUAAAAGACUCACAAAGCAUAUAGCACUUUUUAAAAUCUUUAUUUUGUAAUAUAAGUGUCCAAUGGGAAUGAAACUUGAAAGAAUGUCUCAUUUCAGAAUAUCCCUUUUUAAUAUUCACUCUUGAUCCACAUCCAUCCUAUUAGAUUCUAAACCUUUUGCCUUAUUAAAAAAAAAACAAAAAACAACAAAACAACUAAUAUGGUUUUCAGCACAUGCCCAUGGUAUCAUAGUAAAUGUAACACUAAAAAAUCUGCCUCUUGGGUUUCUUUCCCCCUUUCAGGAGCAAAUUUGUGGAAGAAUAUUGCACUUGUGACUUGUAUAUGGAGAAUAGUGGAUGUAGAAAUGUUUGUUUCUAAUGUGUAAUGGUCGCAGUGUUCUCUUUUGGAGGGGUUGUUUUGCUUUUUAAAAAGAUCAGCUACACAGUUAACAGACCUGAACACAUUCCUGAUGUAACUUUCAUCCCAAGCUACUGGCAGAAGAGUGAUGCUGUACCGGAAAAAUGUGAGCUCUUAAAAAAAUGAAACAAAACAAAACAAAAACUCAUCACUGUUAAUACAGCUGGACAUAGUUUGCCUCUGUUAAUGCUGUGUCAUGUGUGACUCGUGUGAGAAUUUGACAUUAUGAAGGUGCAUUAUUUGACACUGUAGAUAACUUAUAAGGAGUAAAUAUUGCAUAAGAAUUUCAGUCUCUUCAAAGGUAAGAUUGUUAAGCUCAGAUUGUGAUAUAUUCCUUGGACAGAGUGGGUUUAGUUUGGUUUGGUUUAACUUUGCAAAUGGCUCAUUGAACUAGCUGCUGAACAGAAAGAGGCACAGUUCUGUAGUCCGUGUGGGUGUAUCUACAUUGCACCACUAUUGUUCUCACUUGGAAGCAUCAUGCCCUGACUACACACUCCCACUCACCCUCCAGAUCUGGAAAGAUGGCAUUUAGCCUAUUCCAGGGCAUGCUUCUAUGGUAGGUGUCAAGGCCAUGGACUCGGCUAUGGUUGAGAACAGCCACAGAGGGACACCCUGGAGUAGCCUUACUGUCUCAUUUCCAGCCUUGGAGCAUGUAAGUGGGAGUGGAAUGGGCACAUCUGGGGUCAUCUCAGCUAGGACAUAUUGCAGCCAUGGUGUAAACAGUCUCUUGGAGAACUGGAUAGAGGCAUCUAGAAGUUUGGAAAUAUGUUGUGUUUUGUUAGGAAAUCAUUGCCUCAAGCACAGUCAAGUUAAAGUGAAGGCUACUCAGGGCUAAUUUAUGCAGAGUAGUGUGUCAGUGCCACCACACAUAAGGGGAAAAUAAGUCAUUAUGAAAUAGCUUCCAUGUUCGAAUGAUGACUUGCUUUACAGGGGCUCAGUCAAUCUCCCUGUAAAGUCAAUGAGAAUUUUUCCCUUUUGACUAUUGUGGAAAUUGCUCUGGACCUCUCAUUUCACUAGAAAAUCUUGAAAUAUUGGCCUGGAUCUCAGACUCCUUAUUCAGGGGUUUCUCAGUCCAUUCUCAAAUAAAACUCGUAUUGAACAUAAAUUGGGCCUAAUGAACAUGUCUCCUCUUAUGGAUCCUAGAAUGGAAGAACAGUAAGAAAUCAAGGAGUUUUUCUUGAAAUGUGGAAUUGAGUUAUUUAUAUCUCAAUCUUUUGAAUUAAAAAUCUGCUUCUUAUGUGGCAGAAGAGGGAACAUACUAAGAGGACAUGGACCUGUGGUCUUCAAAGUGUGUGUGUGUGCGCGCGCGCAUACAUGUGCAUGUGUGUUAACUUCAAGCUUACUGGCUUCAGUCUUCAUUAAUAACAUGGUCCCCUGUUCUUGAGAUACUUGAAAAUAUCACAUGCUUUUGGACAGUCUCUCAAGAUGCACUUGUGUGUGCUAUGCUGGGUGCCAUUAUGUCCCAGGAUUACAUGAUGUAAGCAGGUGAAACCUCACUUCCACCAUCUUGGCUGCAGUCAUCGUGUCUCCAUGCCUGCAGAGUCCAUUACCUGUGUCUGCCACACUCUAAAGUGCAAUUAUACGGGGCCUCUUUCUGAACUGUCUUAUGUGGGGUGCUAUUGAUUUCAUGUCUUUGUAUCUGAACCCAGAUAAUGCAGUGUUUUAUUUUUAUUUUGUGGAAGGUUAUAUAAGUAUACUCAGGUAGGUUGAAUACCAGGUCCUCAAUGCCUUCAUCCUGUUCUUAAUACAUUUCCAUGCAUACAAGCCUUCAAGGAUUAAAAAUUAACACACACAGCUUCCUUUAGGUUGGUGCCACAUGUCAUCCUAUCUAAUCCACAACCCUUUGAGAAACAUCACUAAAUUGACUGUAUUCAUCAGAAUCCAAGAUGAUUCUGAGUUUCAGACAACUUUCCAAUAAUCACAUUUCCAUUCUAUACAUGGAAAAAAAAAAUUGUUAUCAUUUUCCAUGUAUAAAAUUGAAUUAUUGGAGGGUUGUCUUAAAUUCAUCCCCUGGACCACUGCAGUGGCACGGGGACAGGAAGUGGGGAAGGCAGGCAAUGGGGGAAUCAAGCAGCUUGACCACUAUUGCAUUACCACCCCCCUCUCUCCCUCCAACACUUUGUCCCUUGCUGCUCCCAUCAUCUUUGCCCUCCUAUCUGCAAACCUUCUCCCCAUUGAGAAGAUUUGGGAUGCUGUAAGGUUCCUUUCCCUAAUUCAUCUUUUCUGAGUGAAAUUAAGGCAUGGUAUUUCAACCCUUACCAAGGCAAAUAAUAAUUGUGUGUAGCCCUUUUGAAAGCAACAGAACUGUGAGAGUAAGAGCUGCAGAACUGAUCAUUUGUUUAUUAUUCUUGCUGACUUUUGUUCAUCCUAUGGACGUAUCUCAUGUUGAUUCUUGCCCAGUGGACUGUAAAACUAUGUUUUGCUUCUUUACCACAGUGCCAUCAGGUGGUAUAAUAAAGGCCAUCAACAAGGGCUGCAAAGCAUUUACCCUCA